AUGUACUUCCUCAUGGACCAGAGCGAGAAAGCGAGCCUGGGCUCAGUGCGCUUUGAGUGUCGCUGCUCGUUCCUCGAGAUCUACAAGGAGAAGAUCAUGGACUUGCUCAAUCCCACAAUGCUCGACCUCAGCAUCCGCGAGGACAUCAAGCGCGGCAUCUACGUCGAGAACCUUACCGAACAGCCUGUCUCCUCCACCGCAGAGGCGCUUGAGGUGUUGCGGGUUGGCGCCGCCAAUCGCCACGUAGCUGCAACGGGCUGCAACGAGUUUUCCAGCCGCUCGCACAGCGUCUUCACCAUCACCAUCAAGUCCAAGGCACGUCAAGCACUCGAGGAGAAGAACGGUGUCGUGCAGACCAGAUACUCGCGGCUGAACCUGAUCGAUCUGGCAGGUUCGGAGAGGCAGAAGCUCUCGCAGACAAAGGGCGAACAGCUCAAGGAAGCGGGACACAUCAAUAAAUCGCUUGCCCUCCUGGGCAAUGUCAUCCGAGCCCUUGUCGAGAUUGCAGGCGGCAAGCAUCGACACGUGCCCUACCGGGACAGCAAGCUCACCUUCCUGCUCAAGGAUUCGCUGGGCGGUAACUCCAAGACCACAAUCAUUGCCACCAUCAGCCCCCUGGACACGGCCUUCGCGGAGACCCUGUCUACCCUCAAGUUCGCGCAAAGGGCCAAGCUGAUCCAGAACAAGGCGGUCGUCAACCAAGAUCUCGAUGGGGGGUCCAACUACGCGCAGUACGCCCAGCUGCAGAGGGAGCUGAAGCGAGUGCGAGAGCAGCUGGCAAUGGAGAAAGCCCGCAAUCAGUUCGCCGACGCAUCAAUGGCCGUCGUGCCACAAAACGGCGCGCUGCGGACGAGGAGGAACGACAUCACUGCGCAGCCGCUGGCCACCAACCAAGCACAAAACGAGCACGUGCGCCGUCUCGAAGCCCUUCUGAACCAGCUCAAGAGCUACGAGACGAUCGAGGACGAGCGUCGACGACUCAGAGAGGGUAACGCGCACCUGAAGGAGCAGUGCGCUUCCAAGGACAAGUUCGUCCAGAGCGCGCGGGCGCUCAUCAAGUUGCGCGACGCCACCAUCGAGUCGCUGCAGAAGAAGACGCCCCGUACCGGACGUUCGGAGAACGAAGCGCUUAGGCAGGAGAUCCAACAGCUCAAGGCGAUGGUGGAAAAUCAUCCCGAGCUGCUCAAGCACGCCCGCGAGAGUCACAACAGGAAGACGAAGCUGCAGGAGUACAAGCGGCUGUUCGGCGACAACAUGAAGGUCUACUGGGCGGAGAUCGGCAAGGCGCAGUACCUGGCCAAGGAGCUCUCCACCUACCUCGAACGGGUCAAGAGCGGCAGCAAGGGCGGCCAGGCAACUUACGAGGCGCUCCUCGCCUCCCCCGUGGCUUCGACUACCGACAAGAAGCGGGUCGGCUGGGCCGACACGACGGCCACGACCACCGAGGCGCAGCCCAUGAACUGGAGCCUGAUCUCCAAGCGACAGAAGACUGUGGAGAGCGAUGCGGCGCAGCCGAGCGAGGAGGCCGCUCCUGUCGCCGUGGCCCGCAAGGCCAGGGACGCGCGGAAGAGCAUCGCGUGGUUCAACCACGAGUACGAGGAAGAGCACUCGUGGGACCUCGAAACCAGCACCACCACGCUCGACGGGGGCAACCACCACAAGGCCGACGAAGAGGCGGCGGAGGGCACCACCACCGGGCUCACCAAGGAGCAGGCGGCGGCUCUGGAGAAGGCGCUGCACGGCCUGGAGGACAAGCUGCGCGAGGAGCAGAUCAUGAGGAAUCAGAUCGAGCUGCUGCUCGAGGAGGAGAAGGCCCGGUCGUCGCUCGAGCUCACCAAGUGGCAGAGCGAGUUUGCCCUCGCGCAGCAGCAGAUCGACGCCCUCGUCCACGAGAAGAACUCGCUCAGCUCCGAUCUCACCGUCAAGAACGAGCGGCUGCGCUCCCUCAACCAAAACUUCCUCAUGACCAAGGGCUCGACGGCCGCCUCGUCGUCGUCGUCGGGCUCCAUGGGCAGCAGCAAGUCCCGGAGCAGCGACAGCAGCGACGAAGAGGAGUUUGGCGAUUGGAGCGAUGUUCGCAAGGGCUUUGACAACGACGACGACGGUUACGAGCCCGUGAGCCUGCGGAGACUCACCAUGGGCGUCGGACUGCUUCGGCGAGCCAACGCCGCCGCUCAGGACAAGCAGCAGAUGAAGCUUGCCAAGAAGCAGAAGAAGCGCAUGGGCAGCUUUGGCGGCGACGGUGGCGAUCUGCUCGACGCAGAUGAGGACGACAACAACGUCGCCGCCAAGGCGGCCAAGAAGAGCCGGAAGCAGAACAUCAACGAGGUCCGGAUGCUCGACCUGGAGAGGCGCCUGGCCGAGAAGGAGAACGAGAUCGAGCGCCUGCAGGACAAGUUCAACAACAUGAAGGAGGAGUACGAGGUGCUCAUCGAGGAGAAGCGAUUUAGAGAGGAGGAGGUCUCCUCCGCCACCGCCGCCACCACCACGGCGACGGCCGAGGGCGCCACCACACCGCAGCAGCAGCUCCACGCUGCGCAAUUCGUGCACGAGGUCGAGGAGAUGGAGCGGAGGAUGAAGGAGCGCAACCUCGAGUACGAACGCGAGGUCAUGCGGCUCAGAGAGGACAUCGACGACCGCCAGCGCGAGUGGGAAGCCGAGAGGCAGGAGCGCGACGAGCGCGAGCGCCGGCUUGUCGCCUCGCUCGAUGCCGCCGAAGGCGAACGCGCGCUGCGCGAGACCGAGCUCGAGGGCCUGCACCGGGAGAUCGACGAGGUGCGCGAGGAGAUGCGGCGGGAGAUCUCGGGCUAUGUGAGCAAGAUGGGCGAGAUGGGGCGCCUCUUUGGCGAGAAGCGGAGGGAGCUCGAGGAGGAGCACCUUGACCAGCUCCAGCGAGCCCUGGGCGAGCGCGACGAGGCCAGGGCGCAGGCGGCCCAGCAGGCGGAGGCCGGCGAGCGCGUGGUGGCCGCCCGGGACGAGGAGAUCGAGCAUCUGACGCGAGAGCUCGAGGCCGCCGAGGCCAAGUCGCAGGAGGUGAGCCGACGCCUGGCCCAGCUGGCCGACGAGCAGGCCGCCGACUACGAGCGACGGAUCGAUUCGCUGAACAGGGAGGUCGAGGCCAUGCAGCGGCUGAGCGACGGCGAGCUCGCCAAGCUGCAGCUCGAGCUCGACCGGCGGGCGCUCGAAUUCGAGACAGAGAAGGAGCUCACGGCGCAGGAGAAGCGGAUGAUGCACGACUUUGCCGUGAUGAAGGAGGAAAUCGAGAAGUCCAUCAACGAACGAAUCGACUACAUCAAGCAGAUCGAAACUCGCCGGCAGGCGGAAAGGCAGGCGCAGGACGAGAUCGCGCGCCUCAAUGACACGAUCACGCGCAUGCAGAAGGACUUCAAGUCUCUCAUGCAGGAGAAGCACCAGCUGGAGGCUCGCGUCGAAGAGCUGGUGCUCAUCAAUGGCAAGCUCACCGGGCACCAGAACCUCAACCAAAAGAUCCAGCACCACGUGAAGGUGAAGCAGGAGAACAACUCGCUUAAGAUCCAACUCCAAAAGCUGAAGAAGGAGCUAGACCGCACCAAGAGCGAGCUUGCCAAGUUCAGGCCGGAGGGGUCCGUUGACCUGGCCGCAGACGAGGACGAGGAGGAGAAGCUCAAGAAGCAGCUCGCCCAGCAGGAGGAGGUCAUCGGCGCCCUCGACGCGCAGCUCAAGGCCCUGCGCGGCCAGCUGAGCUCCCUCUACAACGCACACAUCGGCUCCACCACCGCGACCUUGACGGGCGGCGACGCUGUCUCGUCAGACGAGACGACGGAGGCCGAGGACGCGUCGUUCUCGUUCGAGGUCGUGCUCGAUCAGCUGGGCCUGAAGCUCAAGGGCAUGUCGCAGGAGAUCAGCGAUCUCCACUUCAAGAAGCUGCUGCUCGAGCGCGAGAACGCCCUCUACGCCAAGAAGAGCCAGCACGGCCUCGGCUUCUCUUCUUCUUCGGCCACGACCGCCGCUUCUACCGCCGAGCCCGUUGUUCCUUCGUCUGCGCCGACGUCAUCUUCAUCUUCUUCUUACAUCCCCGCAUCCUCUUCUUCCUCUACUUCGACGUCGUCACACGCCUUGGCGGACGUCACCAAUUUUGAGUUCAACGCUUCGCCCGCGUCGUCGUCGCCCACGAUCGCCUUUAAGGAGGCCGCCACCACCAAGGCCGCGACCAAGCCAGCCACCACCGCCGCGACGGCAACUGUACAUAACGCCGACAAGGAGAACGCCGUGGCUGUCGCCACCACCAAGGAGAAGCCGAGCCGAAGCGGCAGCCGACGAGAGCCGCGAGGAGAGGCCAAGGAGCGCGGCGCGACAGCGACGGACAGCAGCAGCAGCAAGCGGAGGCCCAGGGAGGAGCGCGAGGCCGCAGCGUCGGGGAGCAGCGGCUCAGGGACGGGAGGCGGCAAGGAGCGGCGCGUGCGAAUGGCCGUUCUGCAGCGCACCCUCUCCUCCGCCUCCAACCGGCCAUAG